AGUAAAGUCAUCCAUACCCCCAAACCGGUAGGUGGCGCUAUAACGUAAUAACGUCACACUUGUGCACUUUUUCAACUUCCGGUUUGCCAGAGGACCGCCGAUCAUAUUUCAGGUGGUGGAGAGUGGAUGCUGAUGGGGGACGAAAAAGAGACCUGGAAAGUUAAAACUCUUGAUGAAAUACUCCUGGAGAAAAAGCGCAGAAAAGAAUUAGAAGAACGAACCGAUACCAAGUGCCAAAAAAAUUUUUUCCAGAUCAGUGUUCCACAGGCGGAUGCUCGGGAAGCCAAGCGAGAGACCCCGGAGGAAGGAGAACUACGAGAUCAAAAGAUGGAAAUAACAAUUCGUAAUUCCCCCUACACUAGGGAAGACUCAACAGAGGACAGAGGAGAAGAAGAUGAUUCUCUCGCAAUUAAGCCUCCACAGCAAAUAGCAAGGAAAGAGAAAUCUCACCACAGAAAAGAGGAGAAGAGAAAAGACAAAAGACGCCGUCGUAGUCACUCUGCUGAGGGAGCAGGGAAACAUGCACGGGUCAAAGAUAAAGAAACUAAAGAGAGGGAGCGGGAUCGCCGGAAGCGUCAGUGGGAAGAGGACAAAGCCCGGCAAGACUGGGAGCGACAGAAACGAAGGGAGCAAGCCAGAGCUCAUUCACGAAGAGAGAGACCCAGACUGGAUUCUCCUGGGUUUUUUUUGGACCACAGGGACCGGCUUGAACAACAAGAGCGACAGCGUGAACGUGACAGGAAACUGCGUGAGCAGCAGAAAGAGCAACGGGAGCUGAAGGAUCGAGAGAGACGAGCCGAGGAGCGACGCAAAGAACGGGAAGCCCGGCGAGAUGUGCCAUCGCACCAACGAAUGUUACCCGACGAGUAUGGUGAGAAGUCGAAACAAAGUCACCGCAGCCGCAGCCCUGCUCGUGUUCCCCGAGAGAGACCAGAACAGGGGGAACUACGGAAAAAUACAUUAAAGGAGGAGAAACCAGAGCUUGAAGACUUGCUCGCAGACCUUCAAGACAUUAGUGAUGGCGAAAGGAAACCCAGCUCUGCUGAGUCUUCCCCAGCAUCAGGAUUUGCUUCUGAGGAGGAGGGGGAAGAGUCCAGCAGCCAAAGUGAUGAGGGUGAGGAAGGAGAAGAAGGAGAGGAAGGGUCUGUCUCGGCGUCUGGUUCAGGGAGAUCUGAACAGAGUGCAGGUAGCAAACAUUUCAAAUUCCCUGUUCUGCUGCUGAAGAGUGCAGCCAGGUUGUUCAGUUUUCACGCCGCCUCUUCUUUCCUUGCAGAGGAUGUGAGUGAGGAGGAUCAGUCAGAAGAGGAGUAUGAAGAGGAGCAGAAUGGAAAUCAUAUACCCGCAGUACCAGAGUCCCGCUUCGACCACGAUACGGAGGAAAGUGGUGAGGAGAUGGAAGAGGAGGAAGAGGAGGAGGAAGAUGACGAUGAAGAGGACGAUGAAGACGCAGGGGAUGGUGACCCUACGCCUCAGUCUCAGACGCAUUCGCGUACACCCACUCCUGAAGGGAACUACAUUCCCGACUCACCUCCUAUUUCACCUGUGGAGCUGAAGAAGGAGCUGCCCAAAUACCUGCCUGCUUUACAGGGCUGCCGCAGCGUGGAAGAAUUCCAGUGUCUGAACCGAAUAGAGGAAGGAACAUAUGGCGUGGUCUACAGGGCCAAGGACAAAAAGACUGAUGAAAUUGUGGCCUUGAAAAGGCUAAAGAUGGAGAAGGAGAAGGAGGGCUUCCCCAUCACAUCGUUGAGAGAAAUCAACACUAUAUUGAAAGCUCAACACCCCAACAUCGUCACAGUGAGGGAAAUAGUUGUUGGUAGCAACAUGGACAAGAUCUACAUUGUCAUGAACUAUGUUGAGCAUGACCUCAAGAGUCUGAUGGAAACCAUGAAGCAGCCUUUCCUGCCAGGUGAAGUCAAGACGCUGAUGAUUCAGCUGCUUCGAGGCGUGCGUCAUCUCCAUGAUAACUGGAUUCUGCACCGUGAUCUGAAGACGUCCAACCUCCUGCUUAGUCACAAGGGCAUCCUGAAGAUUGGUGAUUUUGGUCUGGCCCGUGAGUAUGGAUCCCCCCUGAAGCCAUACACUCCUGUAGUGGUGACCUUGUGGUACAGAUCACCAGAGCUGCUGCUCGGAGCCAAGGAGUACUCCACAGCUGUCGACAUGUGGUCUGUGGGCUGCAUAUUUGGCGAGCUCCUCACCCAGAAACCUCUCUUUCCUGGAAAAUCUGAAAUUGACCAAAUUAAUAAAAUAUUCAAGGAUCUGGGGUCACCCAGUGAGAAAAUUUGGCCGGGCUACAACGAGCUGCCUGCUGUGAAGAAGAUGUCUUUCACAGAGUAUCCCUACAAUAACCUGCGAAAGCGCUUUGGUGCUCUGCUGUCAGACCAGGGAUUUGACUUAAUGAACAAAUUCCUGACCUACUGUCCCGGUAAGAGGAUUCUGUCCGAUGAGGCACUCAAGCACGAGUACUUCCGUGAGACGCCGCUGCCCAUUGAACCAUCCAUGUUCCCCACCUGGCCGGCCAAGAGCGAGCAACAGAGGGUAAAGAGAGGUACCAGUCCUCGACCGCCGGAGGGAGGCCUGGGCUACAGUCAACUGGGGGGUGAUGAUGACCUCAAGGACACAGGCUUUCAUUUGACCACCAGUAAUCAGGGAGCGUCUGCUGUCGGACCAGGAUUCAGCCUCAAAUUCUGAGUCUGAGUUCCAAUGGAAGGCGCAUGAAAUGCCUGCUCCGCCUCUGGACUGAACUGUAAACAAGAUCAAUCUGUGAUCAAUUAGGAUGAUUAACAAGGACUGUCUAACAGCAAGACUGGUGGCACUGAUGUGUUCCAAUCCCAACUCUUACUACUACCCUUGCUACAAUAUCUAAUGUGGCAAGAGUUAGCUUAGUGCUUUUGUUUUCUUUUAUUUCCACUUUUUGUACUUCAUGAGAAAUGUUCCAGGUAAAUAAAUGGUGACACAGAUGGCAGCCUGAGCUACCGGGGCAUGACAACAUUAGCUUUUCGCCCACUGUUAUGACUGUUCACUGAUAAGAUAAGGGCAUAUUUUUUGCUGGAAAUAAAGUUUGAAACCAUUUGUUUUGUAAUUCUGCACUUUGC